AUGUCAAGAAGAGGCUUACGAGAUGAAGAAAUCGAACGAUUAUUGUGUGAAAUUCCAUCAGACGAGGAUUCCACUGUUGACACCACAGAUGACGAAUCUGAUUAUGAAGCAAGCAUUGUUGCGGAGGCUAUUGUGUCGUCUGAAGGCGAAGUUUCAGAGAGCGAGGAAGAAAGUGAGUCCACUCCGCCAAAACGCGCUGCUGACACAGCGCCAACUUGGGGACAACAAUUCAAUGCUACCUCAGGAAUGCAGUUCGACAGUGAAUCAGGACCAAGUGCUUUUAUUAGGGACAUUGAUGAUCCAGAACCUAUCGAUAUAUUCGAAAAAAUAUUUCCAAAAGAGCUAGUUGAGCUAAUCGUUUUCCAAACAAAUUUAUAUGCGACGCAAUCUGGCAAGUCUUUCACUCCAACAACUGACAAUGAAAUACGAACUUUCCUGGGAAUCAACAUUUUGAUGGGUAUAAAGCGUAUGCCAGCAUACAGAGACUACUGGUCUAGUGCCCCAGAACUUCAUGAUCGUUAUAUUGCAUCUCUGAUGGCAGUAAAUCGGUUUGGAUGGUUACUGAGGAACAUUCAUCUGAAUGAUAACACAUUGCAUCCAGAAAAAGGACACCCAGGUUAUGACAAACUGUACAAGCUGCGACCAGUGAUCAAGAUACUAUCUGAAUCUUUUUCCAAGUGUUACCAACCCAGCAAACACCUAGCAAUUGAUGAGUCAAUGAUCAAAUUCAAAGGCCGCAACAGUAUGAAACAAUACAUGAGAGAUAAACCCAUAAAGCGUGGUUACAAAGUGUGGAUGCUGUGUGACAAGACCUCUUACAACUUGAAAUUUGAUAUUUACACCGGAAAA